AUGCGCAUAAAUAAUGUCUCUUCUCUGUUAAAACGAACGCCGAGAGAUGAAGGUGCUCGCUUUUCAUCUUCAUCUUUUUUGUCCUCCUUUCGAAGUUUUGGCGUCGUCGCUUCUUUAGCGGGGCGAAAUUGGUCCUCUUCUUCCCGUGGGAAAAUUAAUGGUGGCGCUGCGAAGUCUUGGAGAACGAGCGAUGGAAGAAGAACGACCGCCGCGAGGAGUGCUGCUUCGAGUUCUUCUCACUCGACGAACGCGUCGUCGUCGUUCACAUCGUCGUCGUCGUCACAGUCGUCGUGGCUUUUACCGAUCGUUGGAACAGUCGGGUUAACCUUUGGAUGCGUGACGCUCGGCAUGGAGUAUCAAAAAAGGACCGAGAAAGCAUCGAGAGAAGCCUUGGGAGGAGGAGGAGGAGAGACGCCAAUCGAGGCCGCGCCGACAUCGACGACGACGACACCGGCGAAAAAUAAAGAAAAGAAGAAAGAGAAGAAAGAAGGCAGCUCUUCGUCGUCCUCGAACGGAGGGGUGAAAUCCGAAGCUGAUUUAUUGUUUAAUUUACACAACAAAGCGAGAACCGUGUUCGUAACCGGGACCAUAGACGACCGGUUAUCGCACCGAGUGGUGGCGCAGCUCGUGCAUUUGAACAACGAGAAUGCAAAGUUACCGAUCGUGAUGGUCAUUAAUUCAGGUGGGGGUGUCGUGACGAGCGGAUACGCGAUAUUAGAUACCAUGAAAGCGCUGGAUGCGCCGGUAGUAACGUACGCGGUUGGGCACGCGGAGUCGAUGGCGGCGAUACUGCUAGCGGCUGGGGAAAAAGGAAGAAGAUUUUGUGCCCCAAACGCUCGGAUUAUGAUUCAUCAGCCGCAUCAUUCGAUGAGCGGAAUGACGAGUGACAUAUUAAUUAAAGCGACAAAAGCGGAGGAGACGAGAAAUGCUUUGACCAUGUCGUUGGUGGAGACGACGGGGCGCACGUUCGAGGAGGUAGAGAAGGCUUUAGAUAGGAACACGUAUCUGUUCGCGGAGAGCGCGAAACAGUUCGGCAUCGUAGAUCGAGUGUGCGUGAAUUGGAAAGAUUUGACGACUGAGGAAGAGAAGGAAGCGACAACAGUUAAAAAAAACGGAGAAGAAGAGAAAGAGAAGAGUGUAGCAACCGUUACUUCCUCGCGCGUGAGCGGAGGGAGAGGAAUAGGACAACAACAAGAACAACAAAAGAAAGUAGACGAGACGAAGAAGAAGACAGACGCGACGACGACGGAGACAAAAAAUAAAUAG